AUGUCAAUAUCAGAAAAACAAUCCCAUAUUGCAGUUAUUCUAAAUGAACUAACUAAUGGAUCUGAGAAUAAUUUAGUAUUUAAUUAUAAUAUUUUAGAUAAGAAUGUAAUAAAUUCAAAUGAAGAAAAUAUUAAAAAGUUGAAUUUUGAAGAUAUUGAUGGUGAAGGGUAUAAGAAAACUGAAGAUAUUAAUAAUUGGAAAGAAUAA